CAAGCUAACCCCAUAAGGUCAUAACACUCUUCCUUCCAACUUCCAAGUUGGCAGUCCACAUACGCAUUCUCGCAGGUCAUAACUCAACAAGGGUUGACUAAGCCAACCACAAACCCCUUUAAAUUCUGGCCCAAACCUUAAGUUCCUUCACUCUCCAUCACUUUCUCCUUUUACUCGUGCUCACAAACAAACAGCGCCUACAAAAUCAAUCUGCUUAUUCCUUCUCAACAGAAAAUAAAAAAUAAAAAUGAGAUACCCUCUUGGAGAAUACAGCAUUAUGUUCCUUAGAGGCUUCACGAUAUUUUUGUUCCUUAGUUGCAUAACCAUUCGGCUUAACCUGUGUCUUUCUAGUGUCCCUCCUUCACUAAAAUCACUUCCCCUAGAAGGACAUUUAAAUUUUGAUCAAGUUAGCCUUGGGCAUGCAGCCAAAGACUUUGGCAACAGGUACCAAUACCAUCCAAUGGCAGUACUGCAUCCAGAAUCAGUUUCUGAUAUUGCGGCCACCAUAAAGCAUAUCUGGCUCAUGGGUCCUAGCUCACACCUCACAGUUGCAGCCAGGGGCCACGGCCACUCACUCCAGGGCCAGGCUCAAGCUCGUGGAGGAGUUGUCAUCAACAUGGAAUCACUCAAGGUCCAAGAAAUGCAGGUACAUGUGGGAAAGUCUCCAUACGUGGAUGUCUCAGGUGGCGAGUUGUGGAUAAACAUCUUGCAUGAGACUCUAAGAUACGGGUUGGCGCCAAGGUCGUGGACAGACUACCUACAUCUGACGGUUGGUGGCACUCUCUCCAACGCUGGCAUCAGUGGACAGGCAUUUCGGCAUGGUCCCCAGAUAAGUAAUGUUCAGCAGCUGGAGAUUGUUACAGGAACAGGGGAGGUGGUGAACUGUUCCGCGAAGCAUAAUGAAGAACUCUUUCACAGCGUUCUUGGGGGGCUUGGCCAAUUUGGCAUUAUAACCCGGGCAAGAAUUGUUCUGGAGCCAGCACCUGCCAUGGUAAAAUGGAUUAGAGUGUUAUACUCAGAUUUCACAGCAUUCAUAAGAGACCAAGAGAGGUUAAUAUAUGCAGAAAACACGUUUGACUACAUUGAAGGAUUUGUUAUAAUAAACAGAACUGGUCUGCUAAAUAACUGGAGAUCAUCCUUCAACCCACAAGACCCA